AAUUGAAUGAAUAUAGUGGCGGAGUCAGAAUAAGAACUUGAGAAAUAUUUUAAGAUUUUCUGAUUAGUGAGAGAAAAAGAAUAAUCAUGAAAUUUAGGAAUUGCCUAUAUUUGUUACUUUUCCUCUUGUGUUUUAUGGAGGUGAAAAGUGAAUGUAUUGGAACAACUUACGGCAAUAAUGAAUUCGAUCAGACAGCUUUAAGCUUGAUAUUGCUGGAUGGAGAGUCAACUAAUAAUCCCAAUAAUAACCUACAGGGAGUAUACGAAGGGAAAGAAUACACUCUAAAAGGAAAAGCUCUUUUGCCAGAAACUAAAGCAGCUAAUUAUAAACUUCAACUGAUUGUCCCAUCGACUGAAACAGUCAGAAGAAUUAAUUGUGAGAGUUUUAUAGUUGGUUCUUCUAGUGAUAUCUGUGGAGCAGAAUAUCCACUUAUUAAUUAUACAUAUUUCAAAUCAAUUACAAAUAAUACGGGAUCAAAUAUAGAGAAAUACUCAAAUACUUAUACAAAUUUGGUAAAAGAAGCAAUAGAUGUUUUAACAAUUGAUUAUGGGUGUAUUAAUGUCACUUCCGAUGGUACUCAAGACUCCAAAGAUGAAAUCGUAUUUAACAUAAAGUUUAUAGUAAAUGCUGGAUUGCAAAGCUCAAAUUUAACUUUUUAUUUGAGACUUUUCGUUGGAAAUAAAUGGAUUAAAACAGUUGGAACUCUUUUAUCUAUCAGUCCUUUGGGGCCUAAUUUACGAUCUACAUUAUCAUUGCUAAAUUACGCACCAGUUCAGAGUGGCAACAUUCUACGGUAUAGAGGAUUAAUCUACCAUUUACAGGGGACCACAGAAGAUGCAGUAAAUCUUAGAAUUUCUGCGUCAUCUAUAAAUGUUGGUGGCGUAGUUUUAACUAACACAAUUCGCUACAAAUUACCCAAUGGAGAAUUUGUUAAUAAAACCUCCCUUAACCCAAUAAUAUCCGGAAUUACGCUAGCAAAAACAUUUUUCUUAUCAAAUCCAAUUAUUAUUGAGUUCCAAGUAGAAGUCAACGAUAACCUUUUAUUGGGAGAUAAAAGUUUCUUUCAUGCGUCUUUAAGCUCUGACUACCGUAAUAACAAGGGGAUUCAAUUUUAUCGGGCCGAUUCAACUUCAACACCCCUAAUGCCGCUUCUAUUGGAUAGUACUCUUCCAUCAGAUGUAGAUUUACCAUCCGUUUAUCCAUUGGGCUUGACUCAUACAAUUGUAAAAAAGUUUAAAAUUCCGAGGGGAUCUUUGAACAACUUUAAAUUCACUGCUUCUUUUUCAACAUCUUCCUAUCCUGAUACACCGGUCAAGUUUAUAAACAGUUCCCUCGAUUUACCUUCUUACAUUAAUACUACAAACGCAAAACCACUCGUCGUGGAUGGAACAGGAUUCACAGAAUCAAAAAUCUUCAACCGUCGCAGAAAAAGGGCUCUAACCGUAACGAAAGAAUUUACAAGAGAUAUGGGUAGUUUUGUUAAUCCCUCUACAUCACCAGCUACUCCUGCUGAAGCAGAGUUUAGAGCAACCUUUGUAGCUGCUCAGAAUGUCCUACCUGGAGGAACAAUUUCAGGGAAUGCUCUUUUUUCUUACAACUCAAACUCAGCACCCCUAGCUAGUAGAUCUGGUUUGGUUGUACAGCCUAGUCUUCAGAUUGUGAAUAAAACAAUUGAGGUUAUAGACACCCAAACAUUUCCUAACACUAUUCGUGUUAAUCUUACUGUUGAGCAUACAUCAACAUCAACGGGAGAUGCACAAUUUAUUGAGCUAAGAGAUGGUCACUCGUCUCUCAUAGUUUUUUCGGAUCGCUUUAUUGUCAAUCCUACUGGAGCGUUAGAACAGUCAUCAGGAGUCGUGACUGCCUUUAUCUUAUCUAUUGAAAACUUGCCUUUGGGAAAUCAGCUAGAGUUGUCAUUUAAAGCCCAACCGAAAAAUGAGGGUAAAGAUCUGGCAAAUGGGAUCACAAGAAUUAAUUCCACAAUCUAUUAUAAUUCUACAGGAGGUAAUAAUGCUUAUCGCUAUGGAGCUCUCCAAGCCUCGACAUGCAUCGAAAAAGUUAAUAUUGAAACUUCAGAUCUAUUUACUGACCAUGCUGUAACCGUUGUUAUGCUCCUGGUUGGUUUGAUUGUUGGUGCAUUGUUGAUCAUCCUAGCGCUAUUUAUCUAUAAAAAGUGUAGAAAUACACUACCAGGGGGUCUCAUCAGACCAGAAAGUGCUGUAGACCGAAUUCUUUUACACGAGAAUGAGAGAAAUUUUGAAAACUUGAAAAAUGACCAUCUUCUCUCAAACAUUUUUUCAAAAGCAAAGGGUUUAGCAUCUUCUGUACUUGGACAAGGAGUAAAUUUCUUUUUGUGCAUCAAAGACAGCUUAUCCAUGAACAACUGUGAGCAAGAAUACGAAAUUGCAGAAGCAAGAGUUUUAGAAGUUCAAAUAGAAGAAGAAAGAAAUAAAGCAGCAAUAGACUCAACCAAGUCAAUGUUAUACUCGUUGCAAAAGAAUAAAGAUAUCUCACCAAAAAUCCAACAGCAGUAUAUGCAAAAAUUUGAAAGAAAUGUCCGGAAUUUUAAUAACAAUAUGUUUAAAGAAUACGAAAUGGAUGUUAUCAAAGUUGUUAAACCGAUAGCAGUUGAAAACAGGGCACAGGAACAGUUAUUGAUAGAUAAGCACAAAAGGGAAGAAAAUGCGAUGGAAGAAAAGUGGCAGAACUUACCAGAAGAGGACAGAAGGGAGCUUCGAAACCUCAUGAUUGAAAGGCAUAAGAAAGAAAUUUUGGAAUUACAAUUUAAAUUAAAUUUAGAUAUCGAUGUUGCUGUUGAAAGAAUACGAAAGGAAAACGUAUUACGAGCAAGAAUUGCCCUAAAAGAACAACAACAGAAUUUAUUCCAAGAUUUAAAGCAAGAUAAUCAUAUUUCAAACGAACAACUGGAGUGGAUAUUAGGCAAGCAUCGCGAGAAUCAGCUUGAAUUGGAUCGUACAUUUGACGAACAGUUAUCUAAGCAAAAAUUUAUCCUUGAAGAAAAACUUAACCGGCGAAAAAUGCUUCUUCAAUUAGCCGAAAACAGGGAUGUCGAAGAUGCUGAGGUUUUAUCUAAAAUUCGAAAGCAAGAAAUUCAAAUUGUAAAAGAAAGCAGAAAGAUCUUGUCUCCUGAUACCGCAAGAGAGAUGAUAAAAGAAAUAAAUGAAGAUUCUAAGAAAAUCAAAUCGAAAGUUGAAAAUGAACGUGAUCGAUUAGAAGGUAAUCUUCAACAGAAACUCUCGGACAGAAGACGAAAAAGAUUAGAGGAGCUGAGGAAAAAACAAGACAUGGAAAUUAAAGAACUAGAAAAAAGCCAGGAGAAGGAAUUGAUUGACGCAUCAAUCGAUCCGGUUGAACUCGUGAAAGUCAGACAAAAUAUGAUAACCAGUCAUAAAGCAGAAAUUGCUCAUCUUGAGUGGGAAAUUGAUCAAGAAGAGGCGAUAGAAUUUGGAAAAUUGAGAGAAAACUUAAUGAAUGAUGCGCGAAAGGAAUUUGAAGAUAGAAAAUUACGAACUUCCGCUAAUGUAGUUGACCAAGGUUUUGAUAAAGAAGAUGCUGAACGUUUGUUAAGAAGACAUCAAGAAGAAUUACGAAAGUUUUCGGAACUGAAAGAAUCUGAACGAGAUCAGCAAAAACUGAAGCUAAAAGAAAAAUUGGAAAAGAGAAGGCUGGAGCGCGGACGAGAGCGACAGCAAGAAUUACAGACAGAGGAAGAUAUUCGGCAGUAUGAAGAACAAGUAGUUCGAAAAUUAUGCGAUGGCCAGAUAGCUCUCUCAGCAGAUGAAAGGCAGAAAAUAAUUCAAGAACACGAAAAGCAAAUGGUUAAUAUAGAGAAUAACAUCGCCUUGUCAAAAUUGCAACAACAACAAGCACUUCAAGAAAAGAUUGCCAAUAGACGCAGAAGGGAAAAAAAUAAUCUUCAAAAGAAACAAAAACAAGAAGAAGCAAAGUUUCAAGCUAACGCUGACGACGAUGAUGAUGAUUAUGAUAGUAGGCAAGUAGAUUUAAUGAAAAAACAGGCGGAAGAGCAGUUGGAGCUUUUGCGAAGAGGUUCGGCUCUUGAAGCUGAUGAAGUGCAAAAUGAGCUUGAUGCAAUCCAUGAGUCUAUGAUAAGGGAAAGGAGCACUAUACUCAAAGAGCAAGAAGAAAGGCUAGCGUCUAUGUUAGCUGAUAUGCAGUUCAAAAAAGCCAGGGAAAUGGCCAAAAUGGAAGAACAACAGAAAGCUAUUAAUACUUUAAAAGCAAAUAUAAUGGAUGAUUUAUCGGAAAAAGGUGUUCUUGGAGAUCCAAAAUGUAGAGAGGUUAUAGAAAAUUAUCAAAGAGAUCAGCAGAAAAUUAACGAUGUUCUAGAUGAACAACGACAGAAGCAAGAGAAAGUCAGUUUUCAAUAUUUUUAAGACAUACAUUUCAAGUUAUACUUAAUAUCCAUUUCAAUAUAUAUUCUGCGAUCAUUAAUAUUUAGACACUAAGGGAAAAAAUAGAAAAUCGGGUAAAAAGACGGGAAAAGACGUACUUAGAUUAUCUUGAAGACAAUACAGAGGUGUGACUGAAUGUCACAAUUUUAUAUAGCAUGAUAUAUUAUUGCACUUUACACUUCCAAUAUUAAGCCUUAAUAACUCAACGAUAUAGAAAUUCUUAAACCCAAUAUUUUGUUUUGACAGCGACUGAGGGAGCAACUAGACAAAAGAUUGAGAAGAAAGGAAGAAACUUUAGCUAUCUCUCAUGAAAAACAAAAAGAUAUUGAAAAAGGGCGAGCAGAAAACGCACUAGGCGCAAAAAUUCGACUAGCCUUCUUAAAAAGUAGACAGUUAACCGAAAUGGAGGAUUUUAGAAAUCGUAUUCAGAAAGAAAUUGACCAAACUUUGGAAGAAAUGCAGAGGCAGAACGACUUGAAGAGAAAAGAAGAAAUUCAAAAGCAGGAAUUAAAAUUUAUUGCGGGCUUGGUAAAACUUGGUCAAUUUUCUAAACAAGAAUUGAUCAAUGUUGUAGACAUACUGUUUAGUACCAAAACUGUAGAAGAGAGAGAGAGUCUCUUGAGGGAAAUUUGCCAGAAUUAUAAUCCGCCUUCAGACGAUUCCCAUCUUCAAGGAAGCAAUGACAACCGAAGACCUAGUACACUUGACGACAGAAUCAAAGCUUCAACAAUUGAUCUGGUAAAAUUGGACAAUAAAAAUCGGUUUGUUUAUUUUCAUUUUUUAAGUAUUUAGGCAAUACAUUUAGCAAAAAUAAUAAAUCUAGCCAACGUCGUGCUAUGCCAAGCUUGAACUAACACCAUUUGGUGGAUAUUAUAUUAUCAGCUAAAUAUUCUUAAUCUGAAAUUUUAUUCUAUUCGACGAUCUAAUAACGCAUGCCUUCUAUGCCCUGCUGCAAUAUUAACGUAACCAUGAAUAUAUUUUAUACAGGACAUCUGUAAAGAACUAAAGAUAAAAGCUUGGCUAGGCAUGUAAAAAGUUUGAAACACUUUGGUCAACUUAACUUACAAAUUUCAGAAUAGCUUUAUUAACGUGCAGUUUUUUCAUUCAAUUUGAAUGUAAGAUUCUGUGCACUUGAAUUUUUUAACUUUCACAAUUUAAUAGUCCACAUUUUUAUUUACUUGUUGAGCUUAUUCAAAUGUUUAUUCAAAUGUUUAUUCCAAUUAGGAUUUGACUGUAAACGAAAUUUAAUUUAUUGAUUGCACACUUGCCUGAAUUUCCUUUGCGAUUAAUUGUUUUACUCUUUUCUGGACGCUUUCAAAUAUUUUCUUAAAUUUAAACCUUCAGAUCAUUUCAUAGAAAGUCAUCUCGUCGAAAAAGCAGCCACUAUUCAAACAUAGAAGAGGAAUACGAAGACAGCCAACAAGAGAACUAUUAUGAUCAAGGCGACUUAUAUAUGGAAGGAAAACCAAAAAAUCGAUUGCCUCCCAUGGACAGACCUCGAACGGGUAGGAAGAAAAAAGGACUUCGAGGCAGGAAAAAUUAUUCAGAUGUUUAAUAGUAGCUGUGAUAAUUAAUCUUCUGUUAAAAUUUUUAUACCAUGCCAUUUUGCAUAAUGCUCAAAAUUGACUAUACUAUCAUUUAGGAUCUAGCCAGUGUUAUAAGAAAUACAAAAUAGUUUAAUCAAGAAGUUCUUUUCAUAUUUAUUAUUUUAUACUGAGAUUGUUGGAAUUCUUGUGGUAAUUCACAUUUUUUAAUGUGAUUAAUUUCAAAGUCAUUAUUUAUUAGAUCAAAAAACACAUCCUCUCCUAAUCCCCUUGGUUUGUAUGAUAUCCAGAUAGCAGUUUCUUUGUUGCUCAAAUCCUUCAAAGCUUGAAUGAGGUCGUUUAAGUUUUCUCUUUCAUAAAUCACGUCUGAUGCUAAUAUAACCUGAAAAUUUGAAAAGCUUUUGAACUGCUUUGAUUUACCCCAAGUAUAAUCGUCUACAAAAAUCUUGUCACAAUUUAGAGAUUUAUUGCUUGCAAUGGAUUUAACGUUCUUUGUGAUGCAUGCGCGAGUGUGAGACAAGACUUGCGGCAAAUCAGUGGCAAUAACUUUCGCUCCAAGCAACCAGGCUGCUAGACUAACGAGACCACAACCAGAUCCUAAUUCUAUGACAUUUUUAGCUUUCCAAUAACAAGAACCAAAAUGGAUUUUCGAUUCUAAGAAUUUGGCUAGUAAAUAAGAGCCAUCCCAUAGCUUAUAUGCCGUGUUCUGUCGUUGUGUAAUAUUAAUAUUUGUGUCUUGAUAGAAUGUUAAUCUGUUGUUAAAGAGAGAUAUAUGAAUUUCAUCUGUACGGUAAUCAACUCUUGGAUUAUCGUAUUUCCACAGAACUAACGACAUGCUUGACCGAUAAUUGAGGAAUAAAAAUAUUUAAAAUGGCGGAAAAAGUGAACUUUCUUUUUUGAUUUCAUAUCUAAUAUAAUAAUUAUCUGAAAUAUCUAAUCAAGAUCUGUAUUUUAAAA